UUCGCACCAGACUGCAGCAUCGACCGGCAGAUAAUCUCCAUCGUCAUCAUGGCUAUCACCGACUUCCUCGCAGCCUCGGAUAUCACCUCAGCUAUUAAUGCUUGUAAAGCGAAAGAUUCCUUUAGCCCGAAAAUGUUUUUCAAAACAGUGGGCUUGUCCAAGAAAUCGCCAACGGAGAUCGAGAGGGUCUUCAAGAUCUUGGACCAGGAUAAAAGCGGCUACAUAGAACAGGAUGAGUUACAGCUGUUCCUGCAGAAUUUCUCCAAGGGAGCAAGGCCUCUGACUGCAGCUGAGACCAGAGCUUUCCUCCUGGCAGGAGACUCAGAUGGUGACGGAAAGAUUGGCUGGGAAGAGUUUUCUGCACUGGUAAAGUCUUCAUAA